AUGUUUCUUUUGUUUCUAGUUUUUGUAUUUGCAGACAACAUCGAGAUAUCAAGAAGUUCGUUCGACACACUUAAGGUUGGAAAUACAUAUAUAUCAUCAGCUUCCCAUGGGGCCUCUACCUGGAACUCCCUAAAAAUCUCCUUUCCCGGAUACUACAGAUACGAUGUUGUAGAGUACGAGCCCCGAAGAUUCGAAUUGGUUGAUGUCACUCAAUACUUUGGAGAAACCGAGAAGAUGGUGUUUCGAGUAGACUUUGAAACAAAGUACUACGGCUUGAUACCAGAUGCAUGGGUGAUGAUUAUUUCAUUAACGACCCUCUCUGGCAUUAUGUUUUCUCUGCCUAUUAAGAAUGUGUAA